UUAGGAACGCUUUUACUUUUGUUCGGCCAUCAAUUAUUUUUGGCUUUUUUUCUCAUUUCACAUCAAAACAAUCAAACAACGGAACGUUUGUUUCCAUUGAAAUUUCUUGCGACUUUGUUUACUAAGCAUGUUGUUUAUUUAGUGGAGACGCUGGCGAAAUGGCAUUGCCUCGGAUAACGGAUUUUGAGAUAUUGGAAAAACUGGGUGAAGGUAGUUAUGCCACAGUAUACAGAGCCAGGCACAAGAAGAGCAAAUCAUGUCAUGCCAUCAAAUUUGUGGAAAUGUCCUCAUUAUCGGACAGCUCGCGAGAGAAUCUAAUCACGGAAAUUCGUCUGCUGCGUUCAUUGAACCAUAAACACAUUGUCACCCUGCAGGAUUUCUUUUGGGAUGACAAGAAUAUCUACAUUGUUUUGGAGUACUGCAACGCCGGAAGCCUUUCGUCUUUUAUACGAUCGAAAAAAUCACUGCCGGAGGCCACUUGCAAAUAUUUCCUACGCCAGCUGGCCUCUGCUGUGCAAUAUAUGCGCAACAAUGACAUUAGCCAUUUCGAUUUGAAACCUCAAAAUCUUUUGCUGACCAAAUACAAUAACAAUGUGUCGCUGAAGGUGGCCGAUUUUGGAUUUGCCCAGCAUUUAAAAUUGGGUGAAAUCAAUCAGCAGCUGAAAGGCUCACCACUAUAUAUGGCACCCGAAAUAAUACGCAAGCAACGUUACGAUGCCCGUGCCGAUCUCUGGAGUAUAGGUGUAAUUCUGUAUGAAUGUUUGUUUGGGCGGGCUCCCUACUCGUCGAAGACCAUCGAAGAGUUGCUGGCACGCAUACAAAACUGUGAACGCAUUACCUUGCCGCCCAAUGCACGCAUUAGCAAAGAGUGUGAAGAUCUCUUGAGCCGUUUGUUACAACAUGAUCCGGCCAAACGUAUAGCCUUUAAUGAUUUUUUUAAUCAUGCAUUUCUUGAUCUCAAAACAGUGCCGUCAGAAAAGACACUCCAAAAAGCCAUUGAUUUGGUUACCCAGGCCGUGGAAUAUGACGAAAAGAAAAAUUACAAGGAGGCCUACUACCUCUAUUGCAGUUCAUUGCAAUAUUUUGUACCCUUGAUCACCGAUGAACCGGAUGCCACAAAACGCAUGGCCUUGCGUCAAAGAGCCCAAACUUAUCUUAAGAGGGCAGAAGAAAUAAAAAAUGUUCUCAUUGAAGAGGAAUACAAGGCUUUGGCCAUACGGCAGGCUAAGGGCAGCCAAGAGCCUUCGCCGUCAUCGUUGGUUAGUGGAAAUGCAAGUGCCCCAGCAAAUGUGGUAACACAAGCCUUAGAACCGGAAACACGUUAUAAACAACUUUAUGCCCUCUCGCACUCUAGUCCUUCCUUGAAAACGGGCUUGGAAAUUGGACGGCAAGGUGAGUUGUAUUUGUUUGAGAGAAAAUAUGAAGCUGCCUUGGAAUCAUUUACAUCGGCAUUGGGAAUUUUGGUACCAUUUAUAAACAAGGAGCCCAAAGGCGAUCGCCGAGCUUUGUUGCUGCAGCAGCUGGACUUUUGGAUGAAGGAAGCCGAGAGUAUAAAAAGCCUUCUUAGCGCCAAGGAUAUCGACGAUGAUCACAAACUUAGCCAUUCGGUUCAUUUCGUCUCUAAAACAUUCCUGUGUUUGUUGACCACACUGUCAUUAUUUUCAUUUAACGUUUUAAGUUCAUUAAUUUAUCUAAUUCUAAAAUUGUUGAGAAAUAUAUUAUUUUGUGUGAUUUUAAAUAAGUAAUAUUAUAUUCUAAAAGAAACUAUUUAUUGUUAUAUUUCAUAUGAAUAAAUCAAAUAUAGAAAGAGUAAAAUAUAGAAA